UUGGAGCUGUGAUAGAGGGGGUGGAGUGUUCGAGCCUGAGCUCUGGGAGUGUGAAACAGGAGGAUAGAGGGGUGGGGGUGAGAGAGUGAGACUGAGAGCUCUCGCUAGGAUAGACAGAUAGAGGUAGGGGAGAGGAAGAGAGAGAGAGAGACAGAGCCUGCUGCCGCAGUUUGAGACAGAGACAGCGAGCGGCUCCCAUUGUGUUUUAUUACAGGGACCUGCCCGCUCCGCAAGCAAACACCGCAUCCUCUGUAAGGCGAGAGGCAGAACCGGCAGGCGGCCGGGGAACAGCCUGAAGCCGGCACAAGGACACCGGCACGUAGGGAGCGACAGAACCGAGUGAAAGCGAAACAGUUGGGGAGCCGCCACCGGUUCCAGGGCGGCAGCGGACUGUGCCUCAUGUCGGCUCUCGGGGCGGCGGCGUUACUGCUGCUGCUGGCGGCGGCGCUGAGGGUGAAGUGCGCGCCAGUGACCUUGCCAUGCACACCUGGAUUUUCGGAAGAUACUUACAAUGCAGUCGUUUCAAGGACCAUUCGUGAAGGGCAGCCUCUUUUAAAUGUUGGCUUUGAUGACUGUUUCCAAGGUUUGGCGGUACAGUUUGAAACGAAUAACCGGAGUUUCAGGGUCCAGCGUGAUGGUGUGGUGUAUGCAACUGAAAACAUUCACCUCUCUGGGAAACAGCUGAAGUUCGUGGUCACGGCCCGGAGAAUGGAGAGCCCUGAACAAUGGCAUACUGUUGUCAAAUUGACCGUGAAACCAGAAGGAAGCACCAGGCAGAAAGGACAGCAGACCUGGAAGCCGAGAAAUGCUGUCCUACCUCAGAACGUUCCGGACAUCUUUUUCCCACGAUUCCAGCCGCAAUACCCGGGUCAUCUGAAACGUCAGAAGAGAGACUGGGUCAUUCCACCAAUCAAUGUUCCUGAAAAUUCUCGUGGCCCCUUCCCUCAGGAUUUGGUCACGAUCCGCUCCGACCGCGAUAAAAACCGUUCACUACGCUACAGUGUCACAGGGCCAGGGGCAGAUCAGCCACCAGCUGGAAUCUUCAGCAUUAAUCCCAUCUCCGGUCAGCUCGUUGUGACGAAACCUCUGGAUCGGGAACAGAGAGCUUCCUACCACCUACGAGCCCACGCAGUGGAUCUGAAUGGAAAUCAAGUGGAAAAUCCAAUUGACAUAGUUAUCAACGUCAUUGAUAUGAACGAUAACCGCCCAGAGUUUCUGCAUCAAGUCUGGAAUGGUUCUGUCCCAGAAGGAUCGAAACCAGGCACAUUUGUGAUGGCAGUCACUGCGGUAGAUGCUGAUGAUCCUAAUUCCGCCAAUGGCUUGUUGAGGUACAAGAUUCUCUCCCAAAUGCCAAACAGCCCGUCUCCAAACAUGUUCACAAUCAAUAACCAGACUGGUGAUAUCGUCACUGUCGCAGCUGGCCUUGACAGAGAGAAAGUUCCACAGUACACCUUAAUCAUCCAGGCCACUGAUAUGGAGGGUAGCCCCACAUACGGCCUCUCGAACACAGCAACCGCGGUCAUUAAAGUCACCGACGUCAAUGACAACCCACCAGAGUUCACUACUGCCACGUUCUAUGGAGAAGUACCAGAAAAUAGAAUUGAUGUAAUUGUUUCAAAUCUGACUGUAACGGACAAGGAUCACCCUCACACCGCAGCCUGGUAUGCAGUUUAUAGGAUAACCAGUGGAGAUCCUUCAGGACACUUUGCUGUGCCAACCGACCCCAUCAGUAAUGAUGGUCUGGUAACAGUUAUUAAGCCUAUUGACUAUGAAAGCAGCAGAGCCUUUGUACUGACAGUCAUGGCUGUAAAUCAGGACCCUUUGACAAAAGGCAUUCAGCUCCCCCCUCAAUCAACAGCCACUGUCUCCAUUACGGUUAUUGAUCUCAAUGAGAGCCCGUAUUUUGUUCCAAACCCGAAGCUGAUCAGGCAGGAAGAGGGCCUACCUGAGGGCAAACUCCUCACCAUCUUCACAGCAGAGGACCCAGAUCGCUACAUGCAGCAGACAAUCAGAUACUCGAAGUUGUCGGAUCCGGCAAACUGGCUCAAAAUUGAUCCAAUCAGAGGCCAAGUCACCACCAUUGCCACACUGGAUCGCGAGUCCCCUUAUGUUAAAAAUAACAUGUACAAUGCAACUUUUCUGGCAUCUGACAGUGGCAUCCCCCCAGCAAGUGGGACAGGCACCCUCCAGAUCUACCUGCUCGACAUCAACGACAACGCGCCACAGAUCUUCCCCGAGGAAGUCUCCAUCUGCGAGAAGCCAGACCCAAAUGCCAUCAACAUCACUGCCGCCGACGCCGAUGUCGACCCGAACACGGGACCAUUCGCCUUCGAGCUCCCCGACAGCCCAGAAGACAUCAGGAGGAACUGGACCAUAACUCGGCUCAGUGGUGAUUAUGCGCAGUUGAGACUGAAGAUUGGAAUCCUGGACGACGGCCUUUAUGAAGUGCCUAUAAUGAUCAUGGACUCUGGAAACCCUCCCAUGUCUGCCACCUCAGUUCUGCUUGUCAAAGUCUGCCCGUGUGAUGAGAACGGCGACUGUACAUCGGUCCAAGCGAUUGUUGCGGCUGGGUUGGGAACUGGGGCUAUCAUUGCCAUUCUGCUGUGCAUCAUCAUCCUGCUCAGUGAGUACCCGGAUUAUGACCUGAGCCAGCUCCAGCAGCCUGACGCAGUCGAGCCCGAUGCGAUAAAACCCAUUGGGAUCCGACGAGUGGAUGAACGGCCCAUUCAUGCUGAGCCUCAGUAUCCUGUCCGCUCUGCCGCCCCUCACCCCGGUGACAUUGGAGACUUCAUCAACGAGGGGCUCAAGGCCGCAGACAACGAUCCCACAGCACCCCCUUACGACUCGUUGCUGGUGUUCGACUACGAGGGAAGUGGUUCCACCGCAGGCUCUUUGAGUUCCCUCAACUCGACAAGUUCUGGGGGAGACCAGGACUACGACUAUCUGAAUGACUGGGGCCCCCGGUUCAAGAAGCUGGCAGACAUGUAUGGUGGUGGCAGCGACUGCUAGGCACUCUCUCCUCUCCAGCGCAAGUGGGAAUGUUUGCAGACUCUUUUUAAAGAACUUCUGACUGAUUUGUUUCCAGCAGCAGCCAACACAAAUACACACGCAGGCACGCACGCACGCACACAGACAAAAAAAAGAGCUAGGCUUUUACAUGUUAGUCAACUUGUUAAAACACACAUUGGAAGCUAUGGUACAGGCUGCAAACUACUUGCGUGAAUGGAGUUAUUGGUAAACUGACACUGUUUUAAAGGAAAUAUUGAUGAGAGCUCUGUUACACUUGAAUCUCAAAGUACAGAAGCACCGGGAUUUUGUGCCUUUUUGUACACAUUUUUGAUCUCCAGAAUCAUUAGAUUUAUGUUACACGCUUUAAAAGUACCUGUGACAUCUCUGAAGUGAUAAUCCUCUUUCUCUUGAUCCUCUCCAAUUGCAGCACAGUGGAGAGGCUUACUCAAAGCUCGGUUAGACAAUGGUGAGCUAUUCUCUGCUUUUAGUUUAAAUAAGAUGCUAAGGACACCAAAUCUUUUUCUUUUUCGAAAAAAGAAGUAAGUAUCGCUUUUUGUUUCAGCGGGGAAAGUGAGCAGAUUUCAGAUCACAGAUUUUCAAAAGCACUGCAGUAAAUUGAAACACGCUGAGACUUACUGAAGGUUAUCAGUGUCCCCUGAUGUUCGUCUCGGCACUGUGAAACUUACAUUUUCUCAAGCCAGAGAAGAAAAUGAGAGUUUAAUUUCAGCCUCGAGCUGAAAAGUGGUAUUAAUUUUUUUGUUUUAUUUUUUCUGUUUGUACAAAAAGAAAGUGUACAUAAUGUUCAGAGACCUAUUCGACAGACCAGUUCCAAACCUUCAGAUCAUGUCGUCAGGAAAAAAAAGAGAGAAACUUUGGGCGAUUCAUAUUUUUCUUUUUUGCAUGUUUUUACCGUUUGUUUUCACAAAGGGAAUAGGUAUUGACGAAGAAAUGCUUUUGGAGCAAGUGAUGUUGACCAGUUUGAAAACUUAGAUAGACCAUGACAACUAUUCUUCUUUUCUAAUUCUUAAUUAGCACAAAUGUUUUACAUGAUUUGUACCAAAUACGAAGAGGGGUGAGGGAAGAUGCUGGUGGCACACAGAUUAAAGAACAGCUUUUGAUCCAGGAGAAAAUUGUGACAAUGGCUUCUGCCAGUUUUGCUGUGUACCAGAAUCAGAACAUUUCACCUCUGGCCCGGAUAUAAAUUAAAGGCUACUUUUUGAAUUUU